CGCCUCGGCAUCUUCUUCUCCACGCUUUCGUUCAAGGCCGCCAUAUCCACUGCUUCUUACUCCAAUUCCUCUUCACUACUUUGUACUUAGCUACAUUAUUCUUGAUCGUUUCUCUCAAUGGGGGAUCCCAGCCACCUGGAGAAGAUGGGAAGAGAGCUCAAAUGCCCGAUUUGUUUGAGCCUUUUAAACUCCGCCGCUUCGCUGGGAUGCAACCACGUGUUCUGCAAUGUAUGUAUAGAGAAAUCAAUGAAAUCGGGUUCGAACUGCCCAGUUUGUAAGGUGCCUUAUAGGCGAAGAGAAGUUCGUCCUGCUCCACACAUGGAUAAUUUGGUGAGCAUUUACAAAAGCAUGGAAGCUGCUUCAGGAAUGAACAUAUUUGUUACUCAGAAUUUGUCUUGUGCUAAGUUAUCUGAUAGAGACAAACAAGUAGAAGGUGAUGGCAAUGGUUCAAAACGGCUUAAUGCAGAAACCAGCGAGAGCACAGCUUAUAUACAAAGAACUUUGAAAAAAGAGUCACAAACAAUACAAAAAUCCAAGCGGAAGAUUUCUGCUUCUUCCCCUCUGAAACCUUCAUUUCCAAGAAAGAAGAGGGUUCAGGUGCCACAACGUCCCCUUUCAGAAACACCUACUCGACCUGCAAAGUUAGCAAGUAGUUGUAAUGAGGUGAAUGAAGAACCAAGAAAAAGUACAGUUGCUUCGGAGGAUAAAGGUCAGCCAGUUCUUUCACCUUUUUUUUGGCUGAGAGAAAGAGAAGAAGAAGAUGAGAAGUCGAAUCAGCAGUCGGAUUUGGAUCAACCUACUGACUCAUGGGCGAUGAAUGUUCUUGCCUUCAGUGAUAUCAAGGAUUCACUGGAUGAAAGCCCUUCAAAGCCCCAAAUGGAGGAAGUGUGUGGCAAUCCAUCCAAUGACUUGGAUCUCUUUGAUAGUGAAAUGUUUGAAUGGACUCAAAGAGCCUGUUCCCCCGAACUUUGUUCAAGUCCCUUUAAACUGCAGGAUGAAGAUAUUUCUGGAACUGAAACAGAUUUAUUAGCAGCAGUACCGAAUGAAGAACUAGGAAAGCAAAAUCCAAAUGGAAAUAAUAAUCAACGUGGUGGUAUCUGGGAUGAGUUGGUUCCUGAUGUGCUCCCUCCGGAAGGCAACAGUAUGAAGGAUCAUUCUAGGUGUGCUAAACUUACCAAAAGAGGUAGGAAGAAAAAGGGAAUUGCACUGAAGAAAUGUUCUAAAAGAUUGGCAGAAUCAGCGACUGGGAAUUGUUCCAAUCCAGCUACCGGAACUGAAUGCUUCAGUCAGAAGCAGGAGAACGAUGUUAUUAACAGCUUUGGUAGUUUGAAAAUUGGAACCAAAAGAAGCAAGAAGAAAAUUCACUUUGGUACUGCUGCAAAUAGGACGACACUUGAAAGUGUUCCUGCCGUUCCAAUUAAUUUACCAACUCCAAAUGAGAAUUUCAAAACUGAGACACGAACCUUUCCAGAGGGGGAAAAGGUCAAUCAAAUCCAGGAAAAGAGGAGGAAUAAUGACAGAGCCAGCAAGACAAUGCACUUUGGUAUUGAUGCUAAUAAAGCAACUCCUGAUAAUACUCUUACAGAUUUGGUUAGUUUAGGAGCUCCAGAUGGUGGACAGAAGAAUUUUGGAACGGAGACAUUAGCUUUACCAGAAGGCGAAAAGGCUUGUCAACUCCCUGAAAAUAGUUGCACGAAAACCAGAGGCAGGAAGAAAGCGCAUUUUGGUAACAAUGCUAAUAAGAGGAUUCUUGAAGAUAUUCCUGCCCAUCCCAUUAGUUUAGGAACUCCAAACAAUGGUCCUGAGAAUUUUGGAACAGAGUUAUUAGCUUUUCAAGAAGUGGAAAAGGUUAGUCAAUUUCCUGAAAAAAAUCGCAAGAAUGGCGGAGUCCGCAGAGAACAGGGUAUGGUCCAAUGCUGUAGGAAGUCUAAGAAACAAAAGCUGGAUUCAGUUGACGAUGACCUGCAAGAGAACCCGUCUUUCAAUCAGAAUCAGCAUGAUGAUUGUGCUACUCCUGGAUUGACCACCACACCUUCUGUGAUUGCUACUUCAACUGAUCAAAAGAGGGAACACAAGAAACAAGAGAAAAAUUCCUCUGUUUGUGCAAUAACUAGCGAGCAUGGUAACAUCACUCAAGAGAAGUAUGACGGUGCUCAGGCAAAUCGAAGUCAGAUUUCUGAAAAGCUUCAGUGCCGUACCGAUGCGAAAAAAUUGGAUUCUAUGACCAAAAAAGAUUGUUCAAAAAAACAUGGAGGAUUCAAUAAUGAAUUUCAUUGUGCUUUCUGUCGCUCAUCAGAAGAGUCAGAGGCUUCUGGAAGAAUGGUCCACUAUUUCAAUGGGAAACCGAUUGAUACACAUGACAUAAAAAACUCAAAGGUCCUACAUGCACACUGGAAUUGUGUUGAAUGGGCCCCCAAUGUUUAUUUUGAUGGCGACACUGCAAUUAACCUUGAAGCUGAGCUCGGUAGAAGCCGAAGAAUUAAAUGUGGUUGCUGUGGAAAUAAGGGUGCUGCUCUUGGGUGUUAUGAGAAGAAUUGUCGCAAGAGCUUUCACGUUCCUUGUGCAAAGUUGAUGCCUCAAUGUCAAUGGGACACCGAAAAUUUCGUGAUGUUAUGCCCCCUUCAUCCAGACUCUAAACUGCCAAGCCAAGAUCCAGGGCACCUAGAACGGAAAAGCAGCUGCGCUUCUAAGCGACAAUCGAACACUAAAUGUAUAGCUGUUGCCCGUGAGAUCAGCAAUAAUGGAAGGUUUACAUUUCGUGAAUCAUCUAAGAAAUUGGUUCUGUGCUGUUCAGCUCUCACCAUAGCAGAAAGGGAAGCUGUAGAUGAAUUUCAGAGAUUAUCUGGAGUUCCAGUGUUAAAAAAUUGGGAUGAUAGCGUUACACAUAUUAUUGCAUCAACAGAUGAAAAUGGAGCAUGUAAAAGAACCCUCAAAAUUUUGAUGGGUAUUUUGAAGGGAAAAUGGAUAUUGGGAAUUGAAUGGAUUAAGGCUUGUAUACAAGCCAUGGAACAAAUAGAGGAAGAACGCUUUGAGAUUACUCUUGAUGUCCAUGGAAUCAGAGAUGGCCCUCAACUUGGAAGAUUAAGAGUCCUGAACCAUCAACCAAAACUUUUUUCUGGAUUCAAGUUCUUCUUUAUGGCGGACUUUGCACCUUCAUACAAAGGAUAUCUCCAACAACUUGUGACUGCUGCAGAAGGAACUAUUCUGCUUAGAAAACCAGUUUCAAGCAACAACCAAAACAUCUCUUGUUCUUCACCCAACUGCCAAGUUUUCAUCAUUUACAGUCUUGAGCUUCCUGAUCAAUGCAAUCCAGCUGAAAAGAAUAACAUUCUCUGUCGCAGGCGUUUCGAUGCCGAGUUGCUUGCUAAGUCAGCCACAGCCAAAGUUGCCACCAAUUUGUGGCUUUUAAACUCGAUUGCAGGCAGUAAAUUAACAAGCCUUGAAGAGUAACUUCGUCGACCAUGUAUGUAUAUUUUCCCUACUGAACUCAUUUAACGUAUAGUUCUGCAAGAAUCUAGCACUGUCUAAAUACAAUCACUCAGUAAUAACUAAAAAACAUUUGAAUGGACAUAGUUCUUAUUACUUGAGAGUGGCCAAGCAUGACAAGCUCAGAUGUUGUCAUUACUCAAACUAUGGCGUACAUAUCUUGUAUCUAUUGAUUUAUAAAUGAAUUUAGUGUACUUUGCUUCUU